ACGGCUUCGUGCAUGCGCAUACAGCCGCUCGAUACAAUGUCUAGAGCAGCUGCAACCUCUAGGAAGGCUGCUCAACCCGCUGGAGAUACCAUGCGAGCCCAGGAAGGCUCGCGACGUAGUGCGCGACAAGCUACAAUGCAGCUCACCACAAAGGAGCAGUCUCAAAAACCUGGUGUAUCUGAACACACUUCGGACUCUGAACUCAGCGACGCACCCGAAUCUGAGGCUGAAGGAGAGGACAAGGACGGGGAAGGGGAAGGGGCGAGCCGGAGUGAUACCGAGGGUGAUACGGAAGAUGCAGACGAGGACACCUCCGGUGACUUUGGUGGGGGAUCGCGCAAGAGAAAGCGUGCUAGUCCCAAACAAAAUACCACCAAAGGGAGCGCAGCAAAGGCAAAGAAGGGGCCUACUCCGAGAGGAGGCGGCUCCAGCCGAAGCCAGCCCAAGGCGCGUGGCAAGAGGACCGCCGCUGCAGGACCUCACAACAGCAAGAUAGAACUGAACAUCAAGGACGAUAAUGCGCUUUUCAACGCCGUGCUCGAUUCCCAGAGCGCUGUGCAAAGCAAUGUGGAGGACUGGAUGAUUCUGUUCCAAGCAGAGCGAGGCGAGGCCCUGUCUCAGUUGGUGAACUUCUUCUUGCGAGCAUGCGGCUGCAACGAGAGUGUCGACGAGGAUCAGGCACAGGAUCUGGAUGGCAUAUUGGACACUCUAGAGGACGUCCAAGAAAUUUUCAAGAGGGAGAGCCUCGGGUCGUACCCUAUCAUCUCCAGAACUCCCAAAUUCAGGAAAUUUGUCAAGUCGCUCUCGGACUUUCUCGGACGACUGUACAGAUCGGCCGCUGAGGCUGACCUCUUUGACGAUGACGAAUUUCUGCCCAGCAUUGUCGCUUGGGUGUCGGCUCUAUCCUCCUCGACUCUGCGCUCUUUUCGCCACACAGCAACGUUUAUCGCUUUAUCGAGCACGACGCACAUGAAUCUUAUCGUACAGGAUCUCCGAAGGGAACACAGUCUCGCAGUCCGUCAACGCGACCUCGAGAAAAAGAAAGCCCGCCAGGACAAAGGCAGAAUCAGGGAGCUCGAAUCCAGAGUCAUUAAUGCAGAAGAAGACUCCAUCGUAGUCGAAAGAUUCCUCGAGGACAUGAUCAGCAGCGUCUUCGUUCACCGAUACCGUGACUCUGAUCCAAACAUCCGUGCAGAUUGUGUCCACGAGCUCGGCCUUUGGAUGAGAGACUACCCUGACAAGUAUCUGCGUGGCGCCUACUUCCGGUACCUGGGUUGGCUCCUGUCUGAUCAAGACGCUAAGGCUCGUCUGACGUCCAUCAACGCGAUGUUUAGCCUCUACGAAAAGGGAAACUUCAGAAGCUCCGUUCGUCAUUUUACUGACCUUUUCAAACCGCGGCUUCUCGAGAUGGCGACCAGCGACGUUGAUGUCGAUGUAAGAUGCGCGACAUUGCAACUCGCUGCUUCUAUGCACGAGCACGGCAUUUUUGAGGAAGAAGAUUUGGAUGUUCUCGCGUUGCAGAUCUUCAGCGCAGAUGCCAAGGUCCGUUUAGCUGCUGCCCCAUUUGUUGCAAGCAUGAUUUCAAAGCGCGUCGACGUAAUCAAGGAGGACAUCCGUGACUCUCGCAGCUCCAAGUCAUCGGAUGCUUCGAUGAGCGACAGUAGUGCCCGUGCACUAUUUAAAAGCCUUGCUCUCGUCUUGACCAAAGGCUCGGCAGAGGAACCAUCAGUCAAGCUUGAUGGGGCUGCCAGCCGAGUGUCCAUCGCCAUAGAUGGCCUCCGACAGGAGAUACCGGAACUUGCCAACUGGAGGUCCCUGCUAGCGUUCUUGCUUUCCGAAGAGGCGCGUGAUGGCGCAGGUGGGGAAGAAGAGGACGACUCACAAAACCACCCGCACACGCUCAGUCUCGACCGAUCCCAGGAAGCAGCACUACUCGAAGUCAUACACGUGCUAUUGCGCAAGGAUAUGGAGGGCUUGGAGGGUAGCACAGAAGUAGCAGAGAAUGUCGGGCUCAAUCUUUCUUCGCUGUUGCAUGCUAUUCCCCAACUUUUGGUGAGGCACCGGACGGACGCGCCGCUGAUCGCCAGAACACUCGGAUUGGUCCCUCUGCUGUCACCUGCGGCCUUGCAAGAUGCCGGAAACGCAGAUGAACGCGAAAAGCUGUGGCGAGAGCUCCAUGAUCACUUCAUGCGCCACACUGAAUCAGAGAUCCUGACUUUAGCCAUUCGAGGGCUCGCCCAUCUCGCUAAGGCAGAGGGUGAAGCCUCCGGCCAUCUCGAUCGUCUGGUCUCGGUUGGCGAAAAGAUCGUGCAGGCCUUGCGCCAAGGCUCAGAUGACCGGGACCUUGAAACUGCAGCCCUCUCAGAAAACGAUGUCCACCAUUACGAAGCGACAUUGAAGCGCUUGCUGGUCUUCCUCAACAUGCACGAGCCUCAACUACCGUUCGGCAUUGCGGUUGGCGGCGAAGCCACCACAUCGUGGGAGAUUGUUCAGAGCCUCGCCAAUCGCGGACGACUGGGGUACUCUGAAGAGAGCCAGAUGGUUGGCAACGCUUUAAAAUCUCUGACGCUCGGUGUCUUCUGGCUGCCUAAGCAGCUCGAGUCCGCGGUGCGAGGCAUCAGCAUUGUGGAUCCCGAGACUGUGUCCCGACAUCUGCGCCUACUCAAGGAGUAUCUUGGCAACGAGUUGUCCAUCGUCACGAGCCAGGUCCGACGAGAUGCCUUUGAUCAAGUAAUCACUCUUCUGCUUCUUCGGGAGUCCCUACCUAGGGACGCAAGCGCCACGGAGAAUGGUCUCUCGUCAACUUCAGGGAGCCUUGCCGAUGCCUUCCAAACAUCGUUCCUGGGUGGCUCCUUUGAAGAUUCGCUCGCUCAGGUCCUGAAAGCUAGCAUCGAUACGGUAGUCGAAGCUCCCGAGGAAGGAGCCGAAGAACCAAUGCGAAAGAGUCAAUUGGCUCUCUCCGAUGACGAGUCAGAUCUGAGCGACGAGGAGCUCGCGGCUACAAAGCGGCCAAGUCUAAUCAAGCAGGCUACGAUCACCACCGCGACGAGAAGCCAUCGCACCAAUGUCGCACAUGAGGCCUGCACUGCAUUCUCAUCGCUCAUCCGUCUCGCGCAAUUCAAUGUGAUUGAAUUGAAGCACCUCAGCUUUGCUAUGGCCCAAUAUGGCAAAGUCUCGACGACCUUUGAUCAAUUGAUCAAGUCCGCAGCUGACGUCAUUCGCCAACGGCUAUCUUCGCGCCGGACUGUUAAUUCUGCUUGCGAGGUGAUCAAAAGCUCGAUGCUGACGAUACACGAUACAUACAUCGAAGGGGCUCAAACUGCUUCGGCGUGCGCUGCCAUGGCCAAGAUGUUCGGGAACGCUCUCGUGAUUCGGGGACCCCAUCUGUCUAUUCUCUCAGCGGUGACCGGAUCCCCGCUGGUCAAGCUUCAUACUGAGCUCGCAUCGCACUACAUUGGCCGUCUCGAGGCUAUCGCAUCCUCAAACGAUAAGAGGCAGUUGUCGAAGACAUUGCUCAUUUUCAAAUCCUUGUCAAGCAUGCUCACGUCGGCGAAACCAAAGGACGCGAUUGCGAUAAAAUUGUCUAUCAAUGCCGCUCUUCAAAUCACAGACACAGACAGCACCCUGACAAGUAAACAAAACGACCUUUUGCAAACAUAUGAAAAGCGCCUGCUGGCUGUCGCUUCAAAGCAUUCAGGUCUUGCACAACUAGACGUUGAGGAAGCAAAUGGCGCAGAUGCAGCCGCUACGGCAGAUCCGGAUCCACGCUCAAAUACAAGCCCUGCACAAAAUGAAGUCGAAGAUGCGGAAGAAGCAAUGAAGCAGAACACUAAGCAUCCGGCGUCGCCCGACUCUUCCAGGAAGCGCGCUCGCGCGGCGGAUGACAACCAGAGAGACCCUGAACAGCUCAACGAGGCCGAAAGGACACACGAGAGCUCGGUGAUCGACUUUGAGCGGGAGACUGGAACUCUAGGGAAAAGCCCGACCCCUUUGGCGGCGGUUCGUCCUUUGCCGGAACCACUCGACGAAUCCCAUCACAUUCUUCCUUCUGAAAACCCGAGGAAGCGGACGCGAAAAGCUUGAAGUUGUACCCGACCCGUACUGCGUCCCUUUAUUCAGCAUCUGUAUUCUACGUUCCGCGUGUCACUGAAUACCUCUUCACC